GGGUUAGUUUUCGGAUGACUUCGUACUUUUCCCUUGUGACCUAUCUAUCCGAGAUUGUGUGAAAAAUAUAGAGAAAUAUUACACAUCACCACAGCUGCAAGACCCUGCAAAUAUGGUUUUGCUAGAAAAUGAUACGUUUCUCACUGAGCUGACAAAGAUGUUCCAGAAAUCCAGGACUUCAGGAACAGUAACUCUAACCAUGAAAAGAUAUGAUGGAAGAACAAAACCCAAGCCGAGGAAGGGAAGCCAGGCAGAACCCACAGAGUACAAGUGUUUAGUUAGAGCCUCAUUAGGAAACAAAAAAUUAAGCACAGUUAUUAGCCAGAGAGAUGUGAACAAAGUUCAGAUGGCAUACUGUAAUUUAUUGAAGGGAAAUAUGGAUGGUUUAAAGAAGAGAGACAAGAAGACAGGAAAAUCAAAAGUGAAAGCCACACAGUGAUAUGUAACAAUCAAACUUGGUGUAAAGCUCAUAAUCCAGAGAAGUGGGACCAGGCAGGUUCUGCAGCAGUUUUGAUGAAAGUGUUUGUGUCAGUAAGAAACCUGUCAAUCUGUUUUUAGUAUUGUCACUGAAAAAAUACUUGAUUUAGUGACUCAUUGCUAUGUUGAAACAAGUUUGAUACAUGAAAACCUUUUGUCUGAUUUAUUCUGGAAUACAGGAAUCUAUUACAUUUAUUUAUAAGCUUUUAGUGAAGACAGUUGUAUAGAAAGGACUGUGAGACAAUUUUUCACUUAUUGCUAUAGUUAUAAGAAGAUUUAAUCAGCCUGUUUAUUUGUUCUCAAUCAGUAUCAAGGUACAAAUACUUCAAGUAUGUCAAGAAUGUUGCUGUUACAAUUUGGUAUCCAUCACUCCCAAUUAAGUGUUAAUAGUAGUUCAGUAAAUGUUCAGACUUAACCCUUAGCCUGCUGGCGGCAAGUGAUUCUGCCUAUGCGACCAGUGCAGACCAAGAUCAGCCUGCACAUCCGUGCAGUCUGAUCAUGGUCUGCACUGUUCGCUAUUCAGUCAGUAAAUUUUCAGUGAACACCCCUUCGAAUGUUAAAUGGUAUUGCCCAAAUUGAAUGAUGGACCAGUCCAUUUUAGAAAUUUAGCAGGGUAAGGGUUAAUGGUUCUGUAGCUUUACUUCACUAUUGUAAUAACAAGAAUAUGUUACGGCUUUAUUUCACUGUCACAUCAAACAAGUGAUAAAUGAAAGAAUCUGAAGUUCUUAAAAAGCAUGGAAUUAUAUACAUUUGCCAUAGCCAGAAUAUCUGGUGCUUGUUUUUGUAAAUGGUUUAACAAGAAUAUGAAAAUAUGAUGGAAGGGUGAUAGUGAUUGUUAUGGAAGGGUGAUAGUGAUUUUGAUGGUGGUGUGAGUUAUUGUUUGUGAUGGAAGAAAGAUAGUAAUAGUAUGUGAGAAAAGGGUGUUUUAUGAGGACAGAAGUUUUCUUUCCAGUUUCUGAUCAUCAUGCUUUAGUUUUCCUUGUUUUUCUUUUAUUCAGUGUUUGAACUUUUGUUGUUGUAUAAACAAUCUUCAUUGGUGGUUGUUUCAUUCUAAUGAAUUAUGUGUUAUUUUAGGGGCUUAUAUAAAUGUUAGUAUGAAGUCAAUAUGAUAACCAGACUUUGAUUGCUUUGAUGUUUAUUUAUUUUGUUUUAGCUCUCCUGAACGCUUGUAAGAUACCGUGACCACCCGAUGUCUGUGAACAUCCAGUGUCCAUAACCAUUUGUAGUCCUUAAUAUCUGUACUUAAACAUGAUUUACUAUGGUCAAAAUUACGUUAAAGAUAGUCUGUAGCAUGGAUCUCUUUCAAGUUUAAUUAAAUGGAAAACCACUCCUGUCCACAAAAGGGCUUCUGGAGCUGUUUUCAAUCAUUUUCAGAGGAAUCAUUGGAUGCAUCUACUGUAGCAUCCUUGGAUAUUGUAAAGCUCUAGGCUGCAGUGUAAGGGGCUUACUUCUUCUACAUGCAUACAGAAGACACAGUCUAAAACCAAUUGUUCAAAUCUUAGUGAUUCAAUAUAUGACCUAUUUAAAUUAACACUAUUAAAACCAUGGCAUCUAUGAUUUGAGCUUUAAAAUUUAGGUGAAUCAUCAGGGCACUCUUGUAUAAUAAAUCAUAUUAGUUUAUUUGUGAAACUUUGUUAUAUAUGUAUCAUUAUGAAAUGUUUUUCAAUAAAUUGGUUAAAAUUUG